UCCGCGGCCACUUCUGCAGCCCUGUUGGAGGGGCCUGGCAGCCUUGUUAGUGAGGACUCGAGGAAAUCCCUUGUCUCCAGCUUUUGGGAAAGGAAUUCGAUAAUCUCCCGGUUCCCCACCGCCCCCUCCCCCGUGCGCAAUUGUUCUCGCCACACAUCUCUACCGAAGUCUUUCUUCCCUCUUCAGUUUCUUCGCCUUGGGUAAGUUCGAAAGUUUCUGAAGACAGUUGUUUGCAAUGAUUCCUCAUAUACCUUAAACGCAGGCAACGCCUCUCCCAAAUCCACAUCCACCCGGGCGAAAACGCUCAGACUCUCUGGAUUCAAAAAACAAAGUGAAGGGGGGAAAUGUAGGCGGUUUGAGAAACUUUUCUGGGAAUUCAUCAACGCACAGGAGUGUCCCGCGGAAUGCCUUGCCGCCUUUCGUCAGGGCAUCUCUCUUGUCCUACAAGUCCAAAUGAUUACCUGGAGUCUUUCUCUGACGCGAUUUGCUUCAGCUGGGCUGGAGGUUCUUUGAAAUAGCAGUGCUCUCAGAGCCAUCGGCUGCACUUUUUGCUGGGGCUCCUUCAUCCCUGCUGUACUCUUUUGCUUCACUCUUCCUUCUCUUUCUCACACCGUUCCAGGGAGCCAGGACCAUGGACUUGGCAGCAGACAGGGCACCUGGACGCCCAAGGCUCCAGCUGCCCACUCUAUCAGUAUUUCAGCUCCUCCGAGUCUUUUGGCUGCUAUCACAGCUCCCCGGGCCGGCCCGGGUCAGCGGGGCUGAGCAGCGCCAGGUGUUCCAAGUGCUGGAGGAGCAACCUCCCGGCACGCUGGUGGGCACCAUCCAGACGCGCCCGGGCUUCACCUACCGGCUCAGCGAAAGCCACGCCCUGUUUGCCAUAAACAGCAGCACCGGGGCCCUCUACACCACCGCCACCAUCGACCGCGAGAGCUUGCCCAGCGACGUGAUCAACCUGGUGGUCCUUUCCAGCUCUCCCACCUACCCCACCGAAGUGCGAGUGCUGGUGCGGGACCUCAAUGACAACGCCCCGGUCUUCCCCGAUCCCUCCAUCGUGGUCACUUUCAAGGAGGACAGUAGCAGCGGGCGCCAAGUCAUCUUGGAUACGGCCACCGACUCGGAUAUCGGCUCCAAUGGUGUGGACCAUCGCUCUUACCGCAUCAUCCAGGGCAACGAGGCGGGUCGCUUCCGCUUGGACAUCACCCUGAACCCGAGCGGCGAGGGUGCGUUUCUGCAUCUGGUGUCCAAGGGCGGGCUGGACCGCGAGGUCACACCGCAGUACCAGCUAUUGGUGGAAGUGGAGGACAAGGGUGAGCCGAAGCGGCGGGGCUACCUUCAGGUAAACGUGACUGUGCAAGACAUAAAUGACAACCCCCCGGUGUUUGGUAGUUCCCACUACCAGGCGGGGGUGCCUGAGGACGCGGCGGUGGGCUCCAGCGUCCUCCAGGUGGCGGCGGCGGACGCGGACGAGGGCACCAAUGCGGACAUACGCUAUCGGCUGCAGGACGAGGGAACUCCCUUCCAAAUGGACCCCGAAACGGGGCUUAUCACGGUGCGGGAGCCCCUGGACUUCGAGGCCAGGCGCCAAUACUCGCUUACCGUGCAGGCUAUGGACCGAGGCGUGCCUUCCCUCACUGGGCGUGCCGAGGCUCUCAUUCAGCUGCUAGAUGUCAACGACAACGACCCCGUGGUGAAAUUCCGCUACUUCCCAGCCACCUCGCGCUACGCCUCUGUAGAUGAGAACGCUCAAGUGGGCACUGUGGUGGCUCUGCUCACCGUGACGGACGCAGACUCGCCCGCGGCCAACGGGAAUAUUUCUGUGCAGAUCCUAGGGGGCAAUGAGCAGCGCCACUUUGAGGUGCAGAGCAGCAAAGUUCCGAACCUGAGCCUCAUCAAAGUGGCCAGCGCCCUAGACCGCGAGCGCAUCCCUUCUUACAACCUCACAGUUUCGGUCUCUGAUAACUACGGGGCGCCCCCUGGCGCAGCGGUCCAGGCGCGUUCUUCUGUGGCAAGCCUGGUGAUUUUCGUAAAUGACAUCAAUGACCACCCUCCUGUCUUUGCACAGCAAGUGUACAGAGUGAACCUGAGCGAGGAGGCGCCCCGGGGAAGCUAUGUGAGUGGAGUGUCUGCCACUGAUGGAGACUCUGGUCUCAAUGCUAAUCUGCGUUACAGCAUCGUCUCUGGCAACGGACUAGGUUGGUUCCAUAUCAGCGAACAUAGCGGCCUGGUGACCACUGGGGUUGCCGGGGGCUUGGACCGUGAACUGGCUUCCCAGAUUGUACUGAAUAUCAGUGCUCGGGACCAGGGGGUUCACCCCAAGUUUUCCUAUGCCCAGCUUGUAGUAACUCUCCUGGAUGUGAAUGAUGAAAAGCCAGUAUUCAGCCAGCCAGAAGGGUAUGAUGUGUCUGUGGUUGAGAAUGCCCCAACAGGGACAGAGCUACUGGUGCUCAGGGCAACUGAUAGAGACCUGGGUGACAAUGGGACAGUGCGCUUCUCCCUGCAAGAGGCUGAGACUGACCAGAGAUCCUUCCGGCUGGAUCCUGUGUCUGGGAGGUUGAGUACUAUCGCCUCCUUGGACAGAGAGGAGCAAGCUUUCUACUCCCUAUUGGUUCUGGCCACAGAUCUGGGCUCCCCUCCCCAGUCAUCAAUGGUUCGCAUAAAUGUGAGUCUCCUGGAUGUGAAUGACAACAGUCCUGUGUUUUACCCAAUCCAAUACUUUGCUCAUAUUCAGGAGAAUGAGCCUGGAGGAAGUUACAUCACUACAGUAUCUGCCACUGACCCAGACUUGGGUCUCAACGGAACUAUCAAAUAUAGUAUAUCAGCUGGGGACAGGUCUCGGUUUCAAGUCAAUGCUCAAAGUGGGGUUAUUUCUACCAGAAUGGCCCUAGACAGAGAAGAAAAAACAGCUUACCAGUUGCAAAUAGUGGCUACUGAUGGUGGCAAUUUACAGUCUCCCAACCAGGCAAUAGUAACCAUCACUGUAUUGGACACUCAAGACAACCCACCUGUAUUCAGCCAGGCUGCCUACAGCUUCGUGGUAUUUGAGAAUGUGGCUCUGGGAUAUCAUGUGGGUAGUGUGUCUGCAUCCACCAUGGAUCUCAAUUCCAACAUCAGUUAUCUCAUUACUACUGGGGAUCAGAAAGGUAUGUUUGCUAUCAACCAGGUCACUGGGCACCUUACCACAGCAAGUGUGAUUGACAGAGAAGAGCAAUCCUUUUAUCAGCUGAAAGUAGUGGCCAGUGGGGGCACAGUGACUGGAGACACUAUGGUUAACAUAACGGUUAAGGAUUUGAAUGACAACUCUCCCCAUUUCCUUCAGGCAGUAGAGAGCGUAAACGUGGUAGAGAAUUGGCAGGCAGGUCACAGCAUUUUCCAAGCCAAAGCUGUGGACCCUGAUGAAGGUGUCAAUGGCAUGGUACUCUAUAGCCUGAAGCAAAACCCCAAGAACCUGUUUACUAUCAAUGAAAAGAAUGGUAAUAUUAGUCUGCUAGGGCCCCUGGAUGUUCAUGCUGGUUCCUACCAAAUAGAGAUCCUGGCAUCUGAUAUGGGUGUUCCACAGCUCUCCUCUAGUUUCAUCUUAACAGUUUAUGUUCAUGAUGUAAAUGACAACCCACCAGUGUUUGAUCAACUUUCUUAUGAGGUCACCCUUUCUGAGUCAGAACCUGUGAAUUCUCGAUUCUUUAAAGUGCAAGCUUUUGAUAAGGAUUCAGGAGCAAAUGGUGAAAUUGCAUACAGCAUUGCUGAAGGAAAUACAGGGGAUGCUUUUGGCAUAUUCCCAGAUGGUCAAUUGUAUAUAAAAAGUGAACUGGACCGUGAACUUCAAGACAGAUAUGUUUUACUGGUUGUUGCUUCUGACAGAGCAGUGGAACCCCUUAGUGCUACUGUGAAUGUUACUGUAAUUUUAGAAGAUGUAAAUGAUAACAGGCCUCUUUUUAACAGUACCAAUUAUACAUUUUAUUUUGAAGAGGAGCAGAGAGCUGGGUCAUUUGUGGGCAAAGUAAAUGCUAUAGAUAAAGACUUUGGGCCAAAUGGAGAAGUAAGGUAUUCUUUUGAAAUGGUGCAGCCAGAUUUUGAGUUGCAUGCUAUUAGUGGGGAAAUUAGAAAUACUCGUCAAUUUGACAGGGAGUCUCUUAUGAGGCAGAGGGGGACUGCAGUGUUUAGCUUUACAGUCAUUGCAACAGAUCAGGGGCUCCCUCAGCCUCUCAAGGAUCAGGCCACAGUGCAUGUUUACAUGAAGGAUAUAAAUGAUAAUGCUCCCAAAUUUUUAAAAGACUUUUACCAAGCCACCAUAUCAGAGUCAGCAGCCAACCUGACACAAGUUUUAAGAGUAUCUGCCUCAGAUGUUGAUGAAGGUAAUAAUGGACUUAUUCAUUAUUUCGUAAUGAAAGGGAAUGAAGAAAGACAGUUUGCUAUAGACAGUACCUCUGGUCAGGUGACACUGAUCGGCAAAUUAGACUAUGAAGCAACACCUGCCUAUUCCCUUGUAAUUCAAGCAGUGGAUUCAGGUGCAGUCUCCCUCAACUCAACCUGUACCUUAAAUAUUGAUAUUUUAGAUGAAAAUGACAAUACCCCUUCUUUCCCUAAAUCAACACUAUUUGUUGAUGUUUUGGAAAACAUGAGAAUUGGUGAACUCGUGUCCUCUGUUACUGCAACCGAUUCAGAUUCAGGUGACAAUGCUGAUUUACAUUACAGUAUUACUGGAACUAACAACCAUGGAACUUUUAGCAUUAGCCCAAACACUGGGAGUAUUUUUCUUGCCAAAAAAUUGGACUUUGAGACACAGUCUUUGUACAAAUUAAAUAUAACAGCAAAAGACCAAGGAAGGCCUCCUCGUUCAUCUACAAUGUCAGUGGUUAUACAUGUGAGGGACUUUAAUGACAAUCCUCCUAGCUUUCCUCCUGGGGAUAUUUUCAAGUCUAUUGUUGAGAACAUUCCCAUUGGAACGUCUGUCAUUUCAGUGACUGCACAUGACCCUGAUGCAGACAUUAACGGGCAACUAUCCUAUACAAUCAUUCAACAAAUGCCCAGGGGCAACCACUUUGGCAUAGAUGAAGUCAAAGGCACUAUAUAUACUAAUGCUGAAAUAGAUCGGGAAUUUGCCAAUCUCUUUGAGUUAACUGUAAAAGCCAAUGAUCAAGCUGUGCCUAUAGAAACAAGACGCUACGCUUUGAAAAACGUGACCAUUUUGGUCACAGACCUCAAUGACAACGUUCCAAUGUUUAUAUCACAAAAUGCCCUUGCUGCAGACCCUUCGGCUGUGAUUGGUUCUGUUCUGACAACGAUAAUGGCUGCAGACCCAGAUGAAGGGGCUAACGGAGAAGUGGAGUAUGAGAUCAUCAAUGGGGACACAGACACCUUCAUUGUGGAUCGUUAUAGUGGAGACUUGAGAGUGGCUUCAGCUCUGGUGCCUUCACAGCUGAUCUAUAACCUCAUAGUUUCAGCAACAGACCUUGGCCCUGAAAGGAGGAAAUCGACCACUGAACUGACCAUCAUUCUUCAGGGCCUUGAUGGACCUGUUUUUACUCAACCCAAAUAUAUAACUAUUUUGAAGGAAGGUGAACCCAUCGGUACCAAUGUAAUAUCCAUAGAAGCAGCUAGCCCUAGAGGAUCUGAAGCCCCAGUGGAGUAUUAUAUUGUUUCAGUUCGUUGUGAAGAAAAAACAGUUGGACGCCUCUUUACUAUUGGACGACAAACUGGAGUAAUUCAGACUGCAGCCAUUCUGGACCGGGAGCAAGGAGCAUGUCUUUACCUGGUGGAUGUGUAUGCCAUAGAGAAAUCAACCGCUUUUCCCAGAACGCAGAGAGCAGAGGGUGCAAAUGCUCUGGUCACAUACACUAUCAUUAGUGGAGCUGAUGACAGUUUCCGCAUUGACCCUGAAUCUGGAGAUCUGAUAGCAACCAAGCGGUUGGACAGGGAACGCCGUUCCAAAUAUUCUUUGCUGGUUCGGGCAGAUGAUGGUCUUCAAUCCUCAGAUAUGAGAAUUAAUAUCACUGUCAGUGAUGUGAAUGACCACACACCCAAGUUCUCCAGACCUGUGUACUCUUUUGACAUCCCAGAAGACACAACCCCAGGUUCUUUGGUAGCAGCUAUUUUAGCUACAGAUGAUGACUCUGGUGUGAAUGGAGAAAUUACAUAUAUUGUGAAUGAAGAUGAUGAAGAUGGCAUAUUUUUCCUGAAUCCAGUUACUGGAGUCUUUAAUUUGACUCGAGUAUUAGAUUAUGAAGCACAGCAAUAUUAUAUCCUUACUGUUCGAGCUGAAGAUGGUGGGGGACAAUUUACUACCAUUAGAGUUUAUUUUAAUGUACUAGAUGUAAAUGAUAACCCACCUAUUUUCAGCUUAAAUUCAUAUAGCACAUCUUUAAUGGAGAAUCUACCUCUAGGAUCUACUGUUCUUGUGUUUAAUGUUACCGAUGCAGAUGAUGGCAUCAACUCCCAAUUGGCCUAUAGCAUUGCUUCAGGUGAUAGCCUCGGUCAGUUUACAGUUGACAAGAAUGGUGUACUCAAAGUCCUUAAAAGUUUGGACCGGGAGAUUCAGUCCUUCUACAACCUGGUUGUUCAGGUGCAUGACCUGCCACAGCUUCCAGCCUCCAGAUUCACAAGCACUGCCCACGUCUCCAUUAUUUUGUUGGAUGUAAAUGAUAACCCACCAACAUUUCUUUCCCCUAAAUUGACAUACAUUCCAGAAAACACACCCAUUGAUACUAUUGUUUUCAAAGCUCAAGCAACGGACCCAGACAGCGGCCCAAACAGCUAUAUUGAAUACACCCUGCUAAACCCUUUGGGAAACAAGUUCAGUAUUGGAACCAUUGAUGGUGAAGUGAGGCUCACUGGAGAACUGGAUAGAGAAGAGGUUUCUAAUUACACUCUGACAGUGGUGGCUACAGACAAAGGUCAACCAGCUCUCUCUUCGUCUACCGAGGUUGUAGUUAUGGUACUUGACAUCAAUGAUAACAACCCUGUUUUUGUGCAGGCCUUGUAUAAAGUGGAGAUUAAUGAGAACACACUUACUGGAACAGAUAUAAUACAAGUAUAUGCAGCAGAUGGAGAUGAAGGUACAAAUGGACAGGUUCGCUAUGGCAUCGUUGAUGGUAAUGCCAAUCAGGAAUUUCGCAUCGACUCUGUCACAGGGGCCAUCACUGUGGCUAAGCCAUUGGAUAGAGAAAAAACUCCCACUUACUCUUUAACUGUUCAGGCAGCAGAUCGUGGCAGUACCCCCAGAAUUGACACCACCACUGUCAGCAUUGUUCUACUGGAUAUUAAUGAUUUUGUUCCCAUGUUUGAGCUGUCUCCAUAUUCUGUAAAUGUCCCCGAGAAUUUAGGGACACUGCCCAGAACAAUUCUUCAGGUGGUGGCAAGAGAUGAUGAUCAAGGUUCUAAUAGCAAACUCUCAUAUGUUCUACUUGGUGGUAAUGAAGACAAUGCUUUUACUCUCUCAGCUAGUGGAGAACUUCGAGUAACACAGAGUUUGGACCGCGAAACAAAGGAGCACUUUGUCUUGAUGAUCACAGCUACGGAUUCAGGUAAAUCUUGUCUGGUUGUGAAGAAUCUCUUCACAAUUUAUAGGAUCAUUGGUGGAAACUCUCAGUUCACCAUCAACCCAUCCACGGGACAAAUCAUCACAAGUGCAUUGCUAGACAGGGAAACAAAAGAGAAUUAUACUUUAGUUGUGGUCUCCAGUGAUGCUGGAUCCCCAGAGCCUCUUUCCAGUUCUACCAGUGUGCUCGUCACUGUUACUGAUGUCAAUGACAAUCCACCAAGAUUUCAACAUCACCCAUAUGUCACACACAUCCCAUCUCCUACUCCUCCAGGUUCCUUCGUCUUCGCAGUUACAGUCACAGAUGCUGAUAUUGGACCCAAUUCUGAACUGCAUUAUUCACUUUCGGGUAGAAACUCUGAAAAAUUUCACAUUGAUCCACUGAGAGGAGCUAUUAUGGCAGCUGGACCACUAAAUGGGGCUUCAGAAGUGACAUUUUCUGUAUAUGUAAAAGACGGGGGCUCAUUUCCAAAGACAGAUUCUACAACAGUGACUGUCAGAUUUGUGAACAAGGCAGAUUUCCCUAAAGUCAGAGCCAAAGAACAGACUUUCAUGUUUCCUGAAAACCAGCCAGUCGGCACUCUUGUCACCACCAUUACAGGGUCCUCCUUGAGAGGAGAACCUUUGUCCUAUUAUAUUGCAAGUGGGAACCUUGGCAGUACAUUCCAAAUCGAUCAAAUAACAGGGCAGGUGUCCAUUAGUCAACCUCUGGAUUUUGAAAAGAUACAAAAAUAUGUUAUAUGGAUAGAGGCCAGGGAUGGAGGCUUCCCUCCUUUAUCCUCUUAUGAGAAACUUGACUUAACAGUCUUAGAUGUCAAUGAUAAUUCCCCUGUUUUUAAGGAAGAUCCAUUCGUAUCUGAAAUAUUGGAAAAUCUUUCUCCUCGCAAAAUACUUACUGUUUCGGCAACGGAUAAGGACAGUGGACCCAAUGGACAGUUAGAUUAUGAAAUUGUUAAUGGCAAUAAAGAACAUAGUUUCGCUAUUAAUCAUGCCACUGGUGAAAUUAGAAGCAUUCGGCCAUUAGACAGGGAAAAAAUAUCACAGUAUGUGCUUACCAUAAAGUCUUCAGACAAAGGCUCCCCUUCUCAGAGUACCUCAGUAAAAGUCAUCAUUAACAUCUUAGAUGAAAAUGAUAACGCCCCUAGGUUUUCUCAGAUAUUCAGUGCCUAUGUUCCUGAAAAUUCCCCUUUAGGAUACACAGUUACACGUGUCACAACUUCUGAUGAAGACAUUGGUAUAAAUGCAAUUAGUAGAUAUUCUAUAACAGACACAAGUCUUCCAUUUACAAUUAAUCCCAGCACAGGAGAUAUUGUGAUUAGUAGACCUUUAAAUAGAGAAGAUACGGACCGUUACAGAAUCCGAGUUUCUGCGCAUGAUUCUGGGUGGACCGUAAGUACAGAUGUCACAAUAUUUGUGACAGACAUCAAUGACAAUGCUCCAAGAUUUAGCAGACCCUCCUAUUACUUGGAUUGCCCUGAGCUUCCUGAAAUUGGCUCCAAAGUGACUCAGGUAUCUGCAACUGAUCCUGAUGAGGGAUCAAAUGGACAAGUGUUUUAUUUUAUAAAAUCUCAGUCAGAAUAUUUCAGGAUUAAUGCCACCACAGGAGAGAUUUUCAAUAAACAGGUCUUAAAAUACCAGAAUGUCAGUGGCUUCAGUAAUGUGAACAUCAACAGACAUAGUUUUAUAGUGACAUCUUCAGAUCGAGGGAAUCCUUCAUUACUUAGUGAGACAACAGUUACCAUCAACACAGUGGACAGUAAUGACAAUGCACCACAAUUCCUUAAACCUAAAUAUUUUACUCCAGUCACCAAAAAUGUUAAAGUUGGUACUAAGUUAAUCAAAGUUACUGCAGUAGAUGAUAGAGAUUUUGGUCUGAAUUCUGAGGUGGAAUAUUUGAUUUCUAAUGAAAAUCAUUUUGGAAAAUUUAAGUUGGACAAUAGUACAGGGUGGAUUUCAGUGGCAUCUUCGCUGAUAUCUGACCUGAAUCAAAACUUUUUGAUCAUUGUCACUGCAAGAGAUAAAGGAAACCCUCCACUUUCAUCCCAAGCCACCGUCCAAAUAAUUGUCACUGAGGAAAACUACCAUACACCUGAAUUCUCUCAAAGUCACAUGAGUGCAACCAUCCCCGAAAGCCAUAGUAUCGGGGCCAUCGUCAGAACUGUUUCUGCAAGAGACAGAGAUGCAGCUAUGAACGGCUUGAUUGGGUACAGUAUUUCUUCAGGAAAUGAAGAAGGCAUUUUUGCAAUCAAUUCCUCCACAGGUAUAUUAACACUAGCCAAAGCUCUUGAUUAUGAGUUAUGCCAGAAACAUGAAAUGACUAUUAGUGCAACAGAUGGAGGAUGGGUUGCAAGAACUGGUUACUGCAGUGUGACUGUAAAUGUGAUUGAUGUGAAUGACAAUUCUCCAGUAUUUUUCCCAGAUGAAUAUUUCCCUACUGUUUUGGAAAAUGCCCCAAGUGGAACAACAGUCAUCCACCUAAAUGCAACGGAUGCUGACUCUGGAACCAAUGCUGUGAUUGCAUACACAUUACAGUCAUCUGACAGUGACCUCUUUGUCAUUGACCCUAACACAGGAGUCAUCACCACUCAAGGUUUCUUGGAUUUUGAGACCAAGCAGAGCUACCAUCUUACUGUGAAAGCCUUCAAUGUCCCUGACGAAGAAAGGUGCAGUUUUGCCACUGUUAAUAUACAAUUAAAAGGGACGAAUGAAUAUGUGCCUCGCUUUGUUUCCAAACUUUACUAUUUCGAAAUCUCAGAAGCAGCUCCUAAAGGUACUAUUGUUGGAGAAGUGUUUGCUAGUGACCGUGAUUUGGGCACUGAUGGGGAAGUACACUAUUUGAUUUUUGGUAACAGCCGAAAGAAGGGUUUCCAGAUCAAUAAGAAGACUGGACAAAUUUAUGUUUCUGGACUUCUUGAUAGGGAAAAAGAAGAAAGGGUAUCUUUGAAGGUGUUGGCCAAGAAUUUUGGCAGCAUCAGGGGUGCAGAUAUCGAUGAGGUCACUGUAAAUGUCACGGUGCUUGAUGCCAAUGACCCACCCAUUUUUAGUUUAAAUAUCUACAGCGUUCAGAUCAGUGAAGGGGUACCAACUGGGACUCAUGUGACAUUUGUCAGUGCCUUUGACUCAGACUCUGUCCCCAGCUGGAGCAGGUUUUCUUACUUCAUUGGAUCAGGGAAUGAAAAUGGUGCCUUUUCCAUUAAUCCACAGACAGGACAGAUCACUGUCACUGCAGAAUUAGAUAGAGAAACCCUACCUAUCUAUAAUCUCACGGUUUUGGCGGUUGAUUCAGGGACCCCCUCAGCUACAGGAAGUGCCUCCCUGUUGGUUACCCUCGAAGAUAUAAAUGAUAAUGGACCUAUGCUGACCAUCAGUGAAGGUGAAGUUAUGGAAAACAAACGCCCAGGAACUCUGGUGAUGACACUUCAGUCCACUGAUCCCGAUCUCCCUCCAAAUCAAGGCCCCUUCACCUAUUACUUGCUGAGCACAGGUCCCGCCACCAAUUAUUUUAGUCUGAACACUGCUGGAGUUCUGAGCACAACCAGAGAGAUUGACAGAGAACAGAUUGCAGACUUCUAUCUGUCCGUGAUUACUAGGGAUUCUGGUGUUCCUCAAAUGUCCUCCACAGGAACCGUGCAUAUCACCGUUAUAGACCAAAAUGAUAAUCCUUCCCAGUCUCGGACCGUGGAGAUAUUUGUUAAUUAUUAUGGCAAUUUGUUUCCUGGUGGGAUUUUAGGUUCUGUGAAGCCACAGGAUCCGGAUGUGUUAGACACCUUCCACUGCUCCCUUACUUCGGGAGUUACAAGCCUGUUCAGUAUUCCAAGGGGUACUUGUGAUCUAAAUUCACAGCCGAGGUCAACAGAUGGCACAUUUGAUCUCACUGUCCUUAGCAAUGAUGGAGUUCACAGCACAGUCACGAGCAAUAUCCGAGUUUUCUUUGCUGGAUUUUCUAAUGCUACAGUGGAUAACAGCAUCCUACUGCGUCUCAGUGUUCCAACAGUAAAGGACUUCUUGACUAACCACUACCUUCAUUUUCUACGCAUUGCCAGCUCCCAACUGACAGGCCUAGGGACCGCUGUGCAACUUUAUGGUGCAUAUGAGGAGAACAAUAAAACGUUUCUUUUAGCAGCUGUGAAGCGGAACAAUAAUCAGUAUGUGAAUCCCAGUGGUGUAGCCACCUUCUUUGAAAGCAUCAAAGAGAUCCUUCUCCGGCAGAGUGGAGUGAAGGUAGAAUCCGUGGAUCAUGACUCAUGUAUUCAUGGCCCAUGUCAGAAUGGAGGGAGCUGUAUAAGAAGACUGGCUGUGAGCUCUGUAUUAAAGAGCCAUGAGAGUCUUCCAGUCAUCAUUGUGGCAAAUGAACCUCUGCAGCCUUUCUUAUGCAAGUGUUUGCCAGGUUAUGCUGGUAGCUGGUGUGAAAUAGAUAUAGAUGAAUGUCUUCCAUCACCUUGCCACAAUGGUGGGACCUGUCACAAUUUAGUAGGAGGAUUUUCCUGCAGCUGCCCAGAUGGCUUCACUGGCAGGGCCUGUGAACGAGAUAUCAAUGAGUGCCUGCCAGGUCCGUGCAAGAAUGGUGCUGUCUGCCAAAAUGUUCCAGGAAGCUUCAACUGCGUUUGCAAAACUGGAUACACAGGAAACAGUAUAACAAAAAUCAUAAAUAUGACUCUUGAUGUUCAGCCAAAUCGAGUCACAGUUGGAGGUAUCAGAUCGCUAGAACCGAUCCUUCAGAGGAGAGGACAUGUGGAAAGCCAUGAUUUUGUUGGGUGUAUAAUGGAAUUUGCAGUCAAUGGAAGGCCUCUGGAACCCAGCCAAGCUUUGGCCGCACAAGGCAUCCUAGAUCAAUGUCCUCGGCUGGAAGGAGCUUGCACUCACAGUCCCUGCCAACAUGGUGGCAUGUGUAUGGACUACUGGUCAUGGCAGCUGUGUCAUUGCAAAGAAGGACUAACUGGGAAAUACUGUGAAAAAUCUAUUACUCCUGACACUGCCUUAUCAUUAGAAGGCAAAGGGCGCUUGGAUUACCACAUGAGUCAGAAUGAGAAGCGGGAAUAUUUGUUAAGACAGAGCAUACGAGGUGCCAUGUUGGAGCCUUUUGGUGUGAACAGUCUGGAAAUAAAAUUCAGAACAAGAAGCGAGAAUGGCAUUUUAAUCCAUAUCCAAGAAAGCAGCAAUUACACUACUGUGAAGAUUAAAAAUGGCAAAGUCCAUUUUACAUCAGAUGCAGGAAUUGCUGGGAAAGUGGAGAGAAAUAUUCCUGAAGUGUAUGUUGCCGAUGGUCACUGGCAUACUCUUCUAAUUGGAAAAAAUGGAACAGCCACAGUACUGUCCAUCGACAGAAUAUAUAACAGAGAUAUCAUCCACCCUACCCAGGAUUUUGGUGGCCUCGAUGUGCUCACUAUAUCUCUUGGAGGAAUUCCACCUAAUCAAGCUCAUCGAGAUUCUCAAACAGGUUUUGACGGCUGCAUUGCUUCUAUGCUGUAUGGUGGCGAAAGUCUUCCUUUCAGUGGGAAGCAUAGCUUGGCCUCCAUCUCUAAGACAGAUCCCUCCGUGAAGAUUGGCUGCCGUGGCCCGAACAUUUGUGCCAGCAACCCCUGCUGGGGCGACUUGCUGUGCAUUAAUCAGUGGUACGCCUACAAGUGCGUUCCUCCUGGAGACUGCGCCUCGCACCCAUGCCAGAAUGGGGGCAGCUGCGAGCCAGGCCUGCACUCUGGCUUCACCUGUAACUGCCCGGAGUCGCACACUGGGAGGACCUGUGAGACGGUGGUGGCCUGCCUCGGUGUCCUCUGUCCUCAGGGGAGAGUGUGCAAAGCUGGAAGUCCUGGAGGCCAUGUCUGUGUUCUGAGCCAGGGUCCUGAAGAGAUCUCCCUGCCUUUGUGGGCCGUGCCUGCCAUCGUGGGCAGCUGCGCCACCGUCCUGGCCCUCCUGGUCCUCAGCCUGAUUCUGUGUAACCAGUGCAGGGGGAAGAAGACCAAAAGCCCCAAAGAGGAGAAGAAACCGAAGGAGAAGAAGAAGAAGGGAAGUGAGAAUGUUGCUUUUGAUGACCCAGACAAUAUCCCCCCCUACGGGGACGAUAUGACUGUGAGGAAGCAGCCUGAGGGGAACCCGAAGCCAGACAUCAUUGAGCGGGAGAACCCCUACCUCAUCUACGAUGAGACUGACCUUCCCCACAGCUCAGAAACCAUCCCCAGCGCCCCCUUGGCUUCUCCAGAGCAAGAGAUAGAGCAUUACGACAUCGAUAACGCCAGCAGCAUCGCCCCUUCUGACGCGGACAUCAUCCAACACUACAAGCAGUUCCGCAGCCACACGCCUAAAUUUUCUAUCCAGAGGCACAGUCCCCUAGGUUUUGCGAGGCAGUCCCCCAUGCCCCUAGGAGCGAGCAGUUUGACUUACCAGCCUUCCUAUGGUCAGGGCUUGAGAACCAGCUCCCUGAGCCACUCCGCUUGCCCAACGCCCAACCCCCUGUCUCGCCACAGCCCAGCCCCGUUCUCGAAGUCCUCUACUUUCUACAGGAACAGCCCGGCCAGGGAAUUGCAUCUGCCAAUAAGAGAUGGAAAUACUUUGGAAAUGCAUGGUGAUGCCUGCCAACCUGGCAUUUUCAACUACUCCACGAGGCUGGGAAGGAGAAGUAAGAGUCCUCAGGCCAUGGCCUCGCAUGGCUCUAGGCCGGGGAGUCGCUUAAAGCAGCCAAUUGGGCAGAUUCCUCUUGAAUCUUCUCCUCCGGUAGGACUGUCAAUUGAAGAGGUGGAGAGGCUAAACACCCCUCGCCCUAGAAACCCAAGUAUCUGCAGUGCAGAUCAUGGAAGGUCUUCUUCAGAAGAGGACUGCAGAAGGCCGUUGUCCAGAACAAGGAACCCAGCAGAUGGCAUCCCAGCUCCAGAAUCUUCUUCUGACAGUGACUCACAUGAGUCUUUCACUUGCUCAGAGAUGGAAUAUGACAGGGAAAAGCCAAUGGUGUAUACUUCCAGGAUGCCCAAAUUAUCUCAAGUCAAUGAAUCUGACGCAGAUGAUGAAGAUAAUUAUGGAGCCAGACUGAAGCCUAGAAGAUACCAUGGCCGCAGGGCUGAGGGAGGACCUGGGGGCACACAGGCAGCAGCACCAGGGGUUGCUGACAACACACUGCCCUUGAGGCUUGGGCAGCAAGCAGGGAAUUUCAACUGGGACAACCUUUUGAACUGGGGCCCUGGCUUCGGCCAUUAUGUAGACGUUUUUAAAGAUUUGGCAUCUCUCCCAGAAAAAGCAGCAGCAAACGAAGAAGGCAAGAAUGGGACAACGAAGCCGGUCCCCAAAGAUGGGGAAGCAGAGCAGUAUGUGUGAACUUUAUGUACUGGCAUUAUAAAAAUCGAAAAACAAGGGACACUCAAACCUUUGUGAGGUUGCCGACUAAGGAGGGUCCCGUUUGCAAAACAGGCCAGUAUGGACUGGUGUUUGGAGGGAAACUUUAAAAAAUAAUAACCACAAUGCUGCUGAAACAGACUCAACGCAAGUCUUUAAUUUAAAUAUGCUUGGUUGAAUUUAUUUUCCUGCAUGCAUUGUAUUUUGUAACUAGUUAUGUGGCAUGCAGCCUUUGGAAAGUUUUCUCUUAUUUACCAAUGUUUGAUUUGUGAUUUUUUAAAAAUCAAUUACCGUUGCCAUUGCAGAAAUGAAUUUGUGCUCUCUCAGUGGGGUAUGUGUAUCGUUUCCAUUGUAUUAUCAUUGUUAUGUUUUGCAUUGCAAGAUCCUUGAGGUUUAAGCAAUCCUUGUAAAGUGUAGAAAGGGCCCUCCUAUCCUUGAAUGAAAGACUAAGUAUUAACACUUCAGAAUUAUAGAUUCCAUAUUCGAUGUUGCUCAGAAAUGUCUGAUAUUUGAGUUAAGUUUUACAUGACAGUGGGUACUAAAGUUAAGUCAUUUUGUUCAGCACUUUAGAACUUUCCUACAAAAUCGUGUUAAAACUUCUGAAUCUUUUUUUUUUUUUUUUUU